ACCAAGAAGUGGUGGUAUAGGUACAUACCUAACCUACCUAUAUUUAUACUAGGUACACUAAACAUUAGGGAAGCGACAAAUUGCCUAUUGACUGUUGCCCAUUGCCCGUUGCCCGUUGCCCAGUUGCCCAGUUACUUUGUUACCUACCCGUUACCAAUCCACACAGAUUCUUGGUUGCCCACCAUGACUUCAACGUCAACAACCCUUUCUUUGCCGCAGAGACAAAGCACUCUGUCUCGGACACCAAGGAAAUCUGGCAUCGCCACCGCUUCCACCCCGAAUUUAAACAGUUUAUAUUCUGCGCAUUCACGACUUGCCCCAAGCUCGGGCGGCCUUACGCGCAAAGCUUCAUUCGCUACUUUGACCCCUAGCUCGCUUGCUGCCAUUCCAGAUGACAGCGAAAGCUACGCUAUAUCUAGUGUUUUGACCGACGACACGCGCAAAAUGCCCCCUAUAACGCCUGGAAAGGGCGCUUGGGCUGCCGAUGAUUUCGCAUUUGGCGAUCCAGUUGAGGUUCCUGGGAAUAUGACCGGUACCGUUCGCUUUAUUGGUUCGGUCGCCGGGAGGAAAGGCACAUUUGCUGGUGUCGAGUUACACCCAGAAUUUGCUGUGCGCGGCAAGAAUAAUGGCGAUGUUGACGGUGUCUCCUACUUCACCACCACAGCCCCUGGUUCUGGUAUCUUCGUACCGAUCCACAAGCUUGCUAAACAACGCGACUCGCCCACACCCGCUUCCGGUUCCUAUCACCUCACCCCAUCGUUGAAAGGCGCGAACCAGAACGCUACAAACCAUACCCCCCCAACACCAUCUUUAUCUGCAUUCAGCAAGUCUCUUGGCCCACCCAGAGCCCCAAGCCCUCAAGGGAAAAAAACGAGAACAUCUCUAUCACGACCAGAGUCCCCUGUUCGCAAAUUGCAACUAACGCCAGCUCCACGACCUUCGGCAACGCCAGUUCCCAAGGUGCCCCCACGCUACGGAACCCCAUCUAUUUCUAGAUUUGGAUCGAGUGUACGGGGCACUUCUGGUGACCCAAACAAGUCCUCAAGGCUAGAUAGGAAACCAAGCAUAGUCCCUAGAAGUGCGUCAGCAUUGGGGGGAACUAACUCUAUCUACGAUGAAGAUGAGGCUACCCCUGUCGGUGCGCGCACCAAAAAUGACGGAAGCAUUGGAUCGAUGUCGUCGGUAUCUUUCAAGCGUCCCGCGUCUCGAGCAACCCACAUGAAUGAUGAGGAGAUUGAGCGACUGAAAGCCCAGCUCGAAGAUCGAGAUCGCCAACUGAGAGACCAAGCCUCCGCUCUGGCUGAGAUGGAGAGCAGCCUUUCGGAACUCACCAUGCUAAUAGAUCAGUCUGAAAAUGGUAGGAUGCGAGCGGGUAGCCUGGAUGGUAAAGACACCUCGCAGCUUCGAACAAUGCUUAGAGAGAAGAAUGAGAAGAUUGCCAUGCUUACCGCCGAAUUUGACACACAUCGAGCCGACUUCCGCAGUACUAUCGACACACUCGAAAUGGCAAGCACCGAAACCCAGAGAGUUUACGACGCAAAGAUUCGAGAAUUGGAACAGGAACUUCACGACGCACAAGAACGGCACGAUGAUGUCGAUAGCGUAGCGCGUCAGCUUAAGCAGCUCGAAGAGCUGGUCCAAGAGCUCGAGGAAGGCUUGGAAGACGCUCGCCGAGGGGAGGCGGAAGCUCGCGGCGAAGUUGAAUUUCUGCGAGGGGAGGUCGAGAGAACCAGAACGGAGUUACGACGGGAACGCGAGAAGGCUUCAGCCGCAAUGAACGGGGGUGACCAUGGAGAAGACAAACUAUCCAUGUCGAAAGAGUUGGAGCAGAAGGAAGAUGAGAUUAGAGGUCUCAAGGCCAUUAUCCACUCCCUUAGUAGAGAUUCUAUUCCAGGAUCGGAGUCUCCUGAGAAAGCGUCUACACAGCCACAACGUAACAACUCGGUCAUUAAGUCACGUCCAGACUCGAUUGAUGGCCGCCUAGCAAGGGAGAAGCUAGAGCGAGAAGUCUACGAACUACGUAGCAUAGUCGACAACAAGAACCAUCGGGAGGAGGAAUUGGAGCGCGAGAUUGAGUCUCUUCGCCGUGGAAGUGCGUCGGUUCAUCGUAUUAGUACUACAACCAUCGGCAGCACCAAUCGAUCAUCGUACCGUGACUCGAAAGGGACCGUUGUCCUUGCACGUGAGCCACACUCGCCGGAGUCUACACACAAACGUGCGCACACUCUAGACACGAUGCCCGAGAGUGAUGCGUACUCGUCGAUCACCGAGACUAGCACGCUCUGGUGUGAGAUUUGUGAGACUAGCGGGCAUGAUAUUCUUACGUGUACCAACAUGUUUGGGCCCCAAAACGAGCAAGGCAAGUCUUUGAAUGGCGACCACGCGCUCGACAAGUCAGGCAAGGGUGUCGUCCGAGAAGGCCACAAGAAUUUGUCGGUUCCUUCCGAUGCCAGCGAAGAGGACACACCCCGUCCUUUAUCCCCAUUGAAGUCUAGAGCGGUGCCACAGCCUCCGCCCCCUCCACCGGCCACGGUCAAGAUUCUUCCUAAUCCCCAAGACAACGGGCCGCUAGCAGGCAAGGAUAGCGGCGUAGUAGAUCCAGCAAAGUGGUGUGCCUUGUGCGAGCGUGAUGGGCAUGACAGCAUAGACUGUCCCCUAGAGGAUGCAUUCUGAGGGAUCCAUUAGCAGUACAGCACCAGACACAACUUACCGACCUAGAUACCCUAGAAGCAUUGGGAGAUGACCUAGCAAAACUCGAAUAUCCGGUGUGGCACGAUAUAGGACAUCGUGCAACAUCAACCUUACGUCCCUUUCUUCUAUCCAUUAAUAGGUGUUGCAUAUUAUAUUCCUGAGGAACGCACUUUGAUUAACGGCCACGUCGGGCCGACCAUAACAACAAAACUCUCACCCUUCUACUGCCUACAGUUAUAUUCCCCCUCUCGACAACUAUUACUCGCUUUUUUUUGCGUGUAAAUCUGAUUGGAGUAGUUUCGGAGGAAGAUUAGAGGUUAUUGCCUACCUACCUAAGUAGAUGAUGUAUUAUAAUACAACAUGAGCUGAGGUGCCUGUCCUAUGACAGACAGUUGACUAUUUUUAAGAUCUCAUUAAGAAACAUGCAGUGACUUGUAUUCCAAUCCCAAUCUGAAAUAUUGCGAAGUCGGUUGUUUACAUACAACAAGAG